AUGUGCACUUGAUACAGUCUUGCAACCGCACAAUAGAUCGAAGAGCCGCUGAACUAGUUGUCAACAGGCAGCCCGAACAUCCGCUUCCCGGGCAGAACCUGGCAGAGAGAGCAAAACUCCCACGAAGCUCACAUCAUGGACUCGAUCGCGCAGCGGCGCGAGGAGAUACUGGCGAAGAAGGCCAAGUUGGCCGAGCUCAAGAAGCAGCGUGAGUUGCGCAGAGCAGAAGGCUCGAACAGGCAAUCACUGAGCGGUUCGCCCGCGCGAGAGAUACUGUCCCCAACUCCACGGCGAAAUGACGUCGAGCAGAGGCGCGAUCUCGACAAAUACCUGGAUGAUAUUCUAGGCGACAGCCGGCCCAGCUCAGUGCAACCAGGCUCCCCAGCUGGCGGACGAGCGACGCGACCAACCUCCGUCAUAAGCGCAAGUCAAUUGAGUAGCGACAAUGAAGCGCAAGCAGGAACUGGAGCACAAUACCAGAUCCCUACGAGUAUGGUGGAUCAGGGCAUACAGACGCUGUCAAUAGGCAACCUGACCACCGUCUACGAGUCUGAGGGUGUCGAUGUCGGCCCACCACCGAAAAGGGACACCGAGGUCAUCACAUACAGUAAGGGCGUCCAGGCAGACAUAGACUGGAGUCCAAGAAAGACGCGCGGAUCAGGCGAAAGCGACAUUGAGCGCGACGAAAGCCCGACUCGGUCGCCGCGGACCCCCAAGCGAAUGAGCCGUCGCCAGAAAGAGCGGGACGAAGAGAUCCGGCUGCAGCUGAAGAAGGAGAUUGAGGAAGAAAUCAAAGCAGCACAGAAGGCCGCAGAAGCUGGAGAAGUGCAAACAGUCUCGGGCGAGAACUACCCAUUCAAGACCCUCUCGAACGAGGAGUUGACGGCCGUUGAGAACUCAGACGACUUCAUAGAUUUCGUGGAGAGGAGCACCAAGGUUCUGGAGCGUGCAUUAGAUCAGCAACUGGACUACGAUAUCCUGGCUGACUACGCGCUAGGAGGUGCUAGCGUUGACGAUGAGGACGAGGGUUAUGGCUCGAGUGGAGGGAAGAAGGGCAGGCGAAUAAAGGAAAUCGCCCAGUUCUGGGACGAGAGGUGGAGCAAGAAGAGGAUGAUUUCAGAUCUGGGUUUCUCUACUAAGUUCCCCGAACUUGUCCUCGCCUCCUACACCAAGAAUCCCUCCGCCCCACAUGAUCCCGAUGGUCUCAUUCAGGUGUGGAACCUCCACAUGCACGACCGACCGGAAUAUAUUUUCCACGCCCAAUCCGACAUCCUGACUGCGAAGUUCUCGCCCUUCCAUCCGAACCUCAUUAUUGGGGGUGCCUAUUCGGGACAAGUCCUGCUGUGGGACACUCGUGCAAAGUCAUCUCCUGUACAAAAGACACCUCUCACAGGAUCGGGACACACCCAUCCGGUUUACUCUAUUGACAUUGUCGGAACACAAAACGCCAACAACAUCAUCUCAGCUUCAACAGACGGUGUGGUCUGCGGUUGGACAGUAGACAUGCUCUCGCAACCGCAAGAAUUCCUCGAGCUGACCUCCCCGCCACCUGCCAAGACAGACGAUAUGGCGGUCACAUGUAUUGCCUUCCCGCAAUCUGACCCGACAUACUUCCUCGCUGGCACAGAAGAAGGUUCAAUCUACCCCUGCCAUCGUUAUGACCGCGCUGGCGCCAAGGCUGGUGUUGACGGUCGUGUGAAGUACGGUGGCCACGCAGCGCCAGUCAUGAGUUUAGAUUUCCAUCCGGCGAAGGGCCAGAUCGAUCUUGGGGAUCUCGUUCUCAGCUCCUCGGUCGACUGGAGUGUCAAACUUUGGAAAGUGCGUCCACCGGCGGCGACAGGGCCUUCGAACACGGCUGCGCCCGGAGCCGCACAGCAGGUCACGCCCAUUCUGGACAUCGCCCGCGAAGACCUCGUGUACGAUGCUCGCUGGUCCCCUGUCAAGCCUUCGGUCUUCGGCCUCGUCGACGGCGCGGGUAGCCUAGAGAUAUGGGACCUUAACGUCGAUGUGGAAGUUCCCGUCCAGAAAGUCACACCGAGCGAGAACAAGCGAGGCGCGCUGUCCGGUGGUAUGGGCUUCAUGAAGCGAAGUCUAAACAAGCUGGCGUGGGAGAAGAACGAGGGUAGGAGGGUCGCGGUCGCGGGCAUGGACGGCGUCGUCACGGUGUUCGAGGUCGGCAGCGACCUUGGUGGUGUGGAGACCAAGGGUGAGGAGUGGAGUGGAGUCAAGAGAUUGGUUGGCCGGUUAGAGGGGUCGCAUGAGGGUGUGAAUGGGAGAUAGGAUUUCCGAUGAACUCACUUUCAUCGCGGAUCGCAGCAUGGGACUUUGAUUCUCAGAAGUAGGUGGACUUCUUCUAGCAGGCAUUCUCGGCGCUUGGUCUUGUUCGACAUACCCCAUUACGCUCUGC